AUGGACAUGAUUGAAGAUAACCACUCCUUGACAACUGAGUUUAUCCUCACAGGAUUCACGGAUCACCCAGAGCUGAAGACCCUCCUGUUUGUGGUGUUCUUUGCCAUCUAUCUGAUCACUAUGGUGGGAAAUCUUGGCUUGGUGGCACUGAUUUUUAUGGAGCUCCGUCUUCACACGCCAAUGUAGAUCUUUCUGGGCAACCUGGCUCUGACGGAUUCCUGCUGUGCCUGUGCCAUUACCCCCAAGAUGUUAGAGAACUUCUUUUCACAGGACACAAUGAUUUCCCUCUAUGAAUGCAUGGCACAAUUUUAUUUUCUCUGCCUUGCUGAGACUGCGGACUGCUUUCUCCUGGCGGCAAUGGCCUAUGAGCGCUGUGUGGCCAUCUGCAGGCCACUGCAGUACCACACCAUGAUGUCGAAGAAACUCUACAUUCGGAUGACCACAGGGGCCUACGUCGCUGGACACCUGCAUUCCAUGAUCCAUGUAGGGCUUCUGUUUAGGUUAACUUUCUGUGGGUCUCAUCAAAUCAAUCACUUUUUUUGUGAUGUUCUUCCAUUAUACAGACUCUCCUGUGUGGACCCUUAUAUCAAUCAAUUGAUGAUAUUUACCUUUGCAGGGUCAGUCCAAAUCUUCUCUAUUACCAUAGUGCUGAUCUCUUAUCUCUGCAUCCCCUUCACAAUUUUCAAAAUGAAAUCCAAAGAGGGAAGAGGUAAAGCCUUAUCUACAUGUGCAUCCCACUUUCUCUCUGUCUCGAUAUUCUAUGGUUCUCUUCUCUUCAUGUACAUUCGACCAAGUUCAGUUAAAGAAGGGGAUAAAGAUAUACCCGUUGCUGUUUUUUAUACAAUAGUAAUUCCUUUAUUAAAUCCUUUUAUUUAUAGUCUAAGAAAUAAGGAAGUAAUAAAUGUUAUGAAAAAAGUUAUGAAAAUAAUUUCAUAA